CAUUUAUAUAAUUUCAUUAUUAUUAUUUCAGACGAUGUAAAUAUAUUUCAUGAACAAAAUGAAGGAAUUGAACUGACAAUAAAUUGAAGAUAAAAAAUAUAUUCAAAUAUUUGUAAAGAGAAGCUAUUUUUUAAAGACACAAUAAUGUCAAACAUCGAAGCCAAUAACAAUUUAAAAGGACUUGAACCAACUACUCAAAAAACAGACAAAGACGUCGAAAAAGGAAAAGGUGGAAAACCUAAUGGUGGUUUACCCUGGGCACAAAUUAUAGUAAUGGUAUUCGCUGUAGCUGUCCUCAUAGCGGCCUGGGCCGUGGCCUGGGUGUUGUUUAACUGGUGGAUAGGUCUCAUAGUACUUGCAGUUAUAUCAUUUAUAUACACAAUUAUCUACUUUUCAAAUUGGCUAUGGGUUGCUAUACAAACAGCUCCAAGAGACUUCAAGGCCCUCUACUGCUACAUAAAAAUUUUAAGAUUAUCGAAAAAAUUCACAAAGAAGAAUUGGUCUAUGUCGGACAUAUUCCACGAAACGGUUAAAAAACACCCGAAGAAAAUAUGUUUCCAUUUUGAAGACGAGUCAUGGACAUUCCAACAGGUGGAAGAGUACAGUCUUCGCGUUUCUGCAGUUCUCCGAGCGCAAGGUGUAAAGUGCGGUGACACGGUGGCGUUGAUGACGAGCAAUUAUCCCGAGAUGCCCGCAAUCUGGCUCGGAAUCACUCGUAUUGGCGGCAUUGCUCCUCUCAUAAAUACCAACCAAACCGGCAAUACGUUACUACAUUCAAUAAAGAUAGCUAAAAGUCAAUUUGUUAUUUACGGUAGUGAGUUCGAAUCUGCCGUUCAAGAUAUAAGAAAAGAUAUAGACGAAUCCAUUAAAAUACUAAAGUUCACUCGUCGUCCAUUGAACACAUCGGAUAGCGGAGUGAAAGCAGUCGACAGUGAAAAUGAUUUGACCCAUAUGUUGGAGACCACGCCACCAGCGCCAUGGUCGAAGUCUGAAGGAGAAGGCUUUAAUGGCAAAAUGCUUUACAUUUACACAUCUGGAACAACGGGACUCCCAAAGGCAGCUGUUAUAUCUCCUUCGAGAAUGGUGUUCAUGGCGUCAGGUAUCCAUUAUUUGGGAGGGUUAAAUCCUAAGGAUGUUAUUUACUGUCCCAUGCCACUUUAUCAUUCUGCCGGUGGCGUAAUUACUAUCGGUAACGCCUUUAUCUUCGGCUGCACGGUAGCUUUAAAACUGAAAUUCUCCGCGUCGCGAUACUUCCCAGACUGUAUUAAAUAUAACGCCACGGCGGCGCACUAUAUCGGUGAAAUGUGCCGGUAUGUGCUCGCUACGCCACCCUCGCCCACCGACAAACAACACAAAGUUCGCGUGGUGUAUGGAAAUGGCAUGCGACCCACUAUUUGGCCCGAGUUUGUCAAACGUUUUGGUAUUAAGAGGGUCGCAGAAUUUUAUGGAGCUACAGAAGGAAAUGCAAAUAUUGUGAACGUUGACAACAAAGAGGGAGCAAUAGGAUUUAUAUCAAGGAUUAUUCCUUCGGUCUACCCUAUCGCUAUCAUCAAAGUGGACGAAGACACUGGGGAGCCCAUAAGAAACUCAAAAGGCCUUUGCCAGUUGGCUGGACCAUACGAGCCUGGCGUAUUUAUUGGCAAAAUAUUAGCGAACAAUCCGUCACGAGCUUUCCUCGGCUACGUAGACAAAGAAGCGUCUGAGAAGAAGAUUGUGAGAGACGUCUUCAGUCACGGAGACUCAGCUUUCAUAUCAGGAGACAUUUUAAUAGCAGAUGAACUCGGUUACCUUUAUUUCCGUGAUCGAACUGGAGACACGUUCCGAUGGCGCGGAGAGAACGUCAGUACCACGGAAGUAGAAGCAGCCAUUUCCAGGGUAGCUGCUCAGAGAGAUGCCGUCGUUUAUGGAGUUGAAAUACCUAAUAUUGAAGGGCGAGCAGGCAUGUGUGGUAUUGUAGACGCGGACGGCACCUUAGAUUUGGACAAACUGGCCAAAGAUAUUGCUAAGGAUCUACCCAAAUACGCUAGGCCUGUUUUUAUAAGAGUUAUGGGAGCUAUGGAUAUGACGGCAACAUUCAAACUUCGUAAAGUGGACUUACAAAAAGAAGGAUACAAUCCUAAUGUUGUCAAGGACAAACUAUACUACUACGACUUAAAAUUAGACAAAUACAUCAGUUUGGGCACUGAAGAAUAUGAGAAAAUUAUAUCGGGCCAGAUAAGACUGUAGUUUUUAUAGUAUUUUUACAUAUGAAGUGCCUUUGCUUUAUUGUAUAAGACAAGAGCUAAAUAUUAGUGAUGUAAAUUAUGUGAAUAACGGACUACUAGAUGCUUAUUAUUGGUUUUACUACUAAAAUUUUAUACAAGGCAUAAGUAUAGCGAAGUUACAAGUAAAUAUUUGUUAAACAUGUUUGUUGUAAUUUUAUUAGUAAGACUGUUUUUAGAAUAUUUUAUAUACAGCCAUUGACUGAUAAGUUUGUGAAGGGGGUAGGUAUUUAUUUAUAAACAAAAUUUAUAUUGUGUCAUUGAAACUGACAUAGUUUUGAAAAGUAUAAAUCAAGUAUGGUGUUUACUAUUUCAUUGUUAUGUGCGGUUAAUUUUGUACGGUUUUAGAUAAGUUUUAAUUAAUUAUAAGAAAGAAGUGAA